ACAUCCUGUUCCACUUUCAACAUGUCUCCAAGUGUCAGCUCCAUUUUCACCUCCACCCCUCAGGAGCAAAAAGAUAAAAUUCAGACUCCUUCUGGAAUCCCAGUGCCUGCCAGGGUGCAGGGGAAGACUCCCAAGUUCAGAGGAGAAAAAGCAGAGGUCAGAGGAGCCCAGCAAAACACUUCAGGUCCUGUGCCUGAGAAGAGGAGGAUGAUGCCUGUGAGACUUGCAGACAUUGACUGGAGUGGUUGCGCUGCUGUUUACGGCCGACCCUACAGGGACAGGGUGAUCCAUUUACUUGCUCUGAGGACUUAUAAGGAGCCAGAGUUACUUGCUCGCCUGCAGAGGGAUGGAGUCAGGCAAAAGGACAAGGAUUCCCUUGGAAAGAUCCUUCAGCAGGUAGCCAACCUGAAUCCAAAGGAUAAUUCCUUCAGUCUGAAGGAACAUCUAUUUCAAACCCUUCAGAUCGAUUGGCCUGGCUACAGUAAAAUCGAUAGAAAGAAUUUGAAGUUAAUUCUUUCUAGAAAAACAGCUCCAUCCCAGAAUGCCGCCAGCACCAUCCACACAACAUCUCCUGGACCUUCUGAGACAGGCGCUCCAACAAGACGUGCUCAGGUAUUUAGUGCAUUUUUAACAUUCUGUACUGUGUGUUAUAUUUUAGCACACUUGCUGGUGGUGUAAAACCUGUGAUGUGAAUGUGCAGGAGCAAGCCUGAGCAUGUUUUGCCUCAGACAUUCCAACAGCUGUGACUGGAAGGUUGUGAUCAGGAGGAGAGGCUCCUGCAGGGAUGGAGCAGCACUGUCUUUGUCAUCGAAGCUGUGGGAAAAAACAAACCCCUCAACAACAUUUUUAGCAUUAGAGAAUCAAGUCAUUACUUUAUUCUGGCCAGGAUGUGCAAGAGAAAUAAUUUCAUCCUCAUAUAGCCUGGGUGUGCAGA